AUGAACUCCAAGUUUGAGAAAUAUUGGAGUCCUGCUGAAGAUGAUAUUCAUAAUGUAGCUAACCACAAGAGAAAGAAGAAAGAAAUUGCAUUUAGCGUUGUCUUAGUCAUUGCCACUGUCUUGGAUCCAAGAAGGAAGGCUGACUUCUUGAAUUUAUUCUUUGAGAGGGUGUUCAGUGAUACAAGUAAGGUUGGUAUGUAUGUGAGGUAUGCCUUAGAAUGGAUGAGAAAGUACUUCACAUUCUAUGAGCAGCCAUGUGCAAGAACAAAUAGUGUGGACAUGAUGACACGUGCUAAUCAAGCCUCCACCAAUGUGGGGUCACCGGUUCUUGGAAAAAGAAAGAUCAAAGUGGACUUUGUUCAAUACACAACACGCCGAAGAGUUGCACAGGCACCAAAAGCUGAAAUCGAUACAUAG